CGUGGUUCGCUAGCGCGGCAGUAGCGAUUGCGGUUUGCCGUGAGACUAGUCUGGACUUCGUGAGUUGCCCAGCGAUACGAGAACAUGUCGUCCUUAAGCGGUGACGAGAGCACCGAGGUCGUCGAGAACGAGCCAGUGAGGAGGACGAGGUCCGGACGUGCGGUCAAGGCUGUGACGGCUGCGUCUCCUGCUGUGAGCACUAAGAAAACGGCAGGCAAGAAAGCCGCGACCAGAGCCACUCGCAACACGAAGAACAUUCAAGAGGUCGAAGAGGAGAACAACACACCUGCUGCUGCAGAAGAGACUGGAGUACCCGAGAAUGGUGUGCAACAGCAGCAGGAACAGGAAGAGCAGCCAGAACAGCAGGAGGAAAUGACCAACGAAGAGCCAGACAGCUCAGCUGUUCAGUUGCACUUGGACGAGACACAGGAAGAACAUAUGGAGGAAGAAGCGAAUGACAACAUGGAGGAACCAGUGGACGAAAGCCAAGAACAGCAAGCUAUUGACAAUCAAGACGAACAGAUGAAAGCACUGCAGGAGGAAAUGGCUGAAGAGGAGGGUAUGCCAGCACCGGGAACUGUUCUGGAGACUGAGAAUCUGCCUGAAUUCGAUCCGGAAGAGAUGAACCAAGGGGAUGAGAAUCUAGCUGAAGAUAAUACUGCAAUGGAGACAAACAAUGCAGAAGUGGAGAAUAACGACUCCGAUCCGUUGAAGGUUAAGGAUCCGUCAGAGUUGAUGCAGGAAGACAACGCUGAUGAUCAUUGCAUAUUAAUAGAGGAUGACGUAGAUCAAAACUUUGGAAUGGAGGAUGUGCCAGACAACAUAGAUGGUAAUGAAGUUUCGCAAUUCGAUGAUAUAAGAAAUAAUGAAGAUUCAAAUACUAUACGCCAAGCAUCUGAUAUACUGCAAAAUGACCAUUCUAUGCAAGAUAGUGAGAUAAUAUCUGAUAAUGAUAAAUUUCGAAAUGAAGAUGUGGAAUUUAUUUCAGAGGGCAAUGAUAAUGCUGUUGAAAAUUACGCAGUGCACGACGAGAACAGCGAAGCCCAAGAAGUUAUAGAAAUAAGUGAUCAUGAAAGUGAAUCUGCUGUGAAAAAGAUUGAACCAGAUACGGAAGCGGUAUCCGAAGACGAACUCCCCACAGAAUCAACCAAGCGUUAUAAACACGAGAGUGAAGAUGUAGAGGAAGUGUCAGAGGACGAAUUUUUUUCCAAUGAGACUACACUUCAGGAACCUGAAACUGAAGCUGUGUCAGAUGAAGAGUUGCCGGCAGCUCAACCAGCUGAUCUCGGAGAAACCGAAUCCGUCUCUGAAGAUGAACUGCCCCUUGAAAGUGAGAGGAAGAGGAAGGGCAGCAAAAGUUCAAAGACCCCUGAGAAGAAAACCAAAUCUGACGCAGCGAGUAAGUCGGGCAAACGCAAGAGAACCAUCGAAGGUGAAUAUGAUCCUAGCUCACCAACUUCUGAAAAUAAUGACGAAACUCCUGCUAAAAAAGCAGCUAUUUCAGCAGAUGUUGACUCCAGUGACAAGUCUGAUGCUAAACCGGCUUCUCCGAAAAAGAAAUCGUUACCGGAAUUAGAAAAGUAUUGGAAAGCUGUUAAUGACGAUCCAGCCGAUUUUACGGGAUGGACAUACCUCUUACAAUACGUAGAUCAAGAGAAUGACGCGGAGGCAGCCCGCGAAGCCUAUAACAAAUUUCUGGAGCGGUAUCCGUAUUGCUACGGCUAUUGGCGCAAGUACGCCGAUUACGAGAAGAAAAAAGGCGAUCCCGAUCGAGUGCAAACGGUCUUCGACCAAGGUUUGAAAUCCAUUUCCCUCAGUGUCGACUUGUGGCUGCACUACAUCAAUCAUUGCAAAGUCGCUUUCGAAAAGGACGAGGAAAAAAUGAGAGAGCAGUACGAGCGGGCAAUCAAGGCUUGUGGACUCGAGUUCAGAUCGGACCGACUGUGGGAGAGUUACCUCAAAUGGGAAACGGAUAACAAGCGCUACAGCAAAGUGAUGGGCAUCUAUGACAGACUACUGACGACGCCGACCCUCGGCUACAUGUCGCAUUUCGAGUCCUUCCAGGAGUUUGUCACGACCAAUAGUCCGAACAAAAUUCUUAACGUGGACGAUUUCCUGGCGUUGCGUGCCGAGGUCAAGGCUAUCCUCAAACCAGACGAAUCGGCAUCCGACGACGUUCCUCCGGGCGAAGACCUGCCAACCACGGAUACGCCGCCCACCGACGAGGAAACCCGCGCUAUCCGUGAGAAAAUCAUCAGCAGCAGAAGAAAGAUGCACAAGUCCAACGUCAACGCCGUGGCUGCGAGGUGGACUUUCGAGGAGGGGAUUAAAAGGCCUUACUUCCACGUAAAACCUUUGGAAAGGUGUCAGUUGAAGAACUGGAAGGAAUAUUUGGACUACGAAAUUGAGCAAAAGGAUCAACAACGUAUCAUUAUUCUGUUCGAAAGAUGUCUGAUCGCAUGUGCUUUGUACGACGAAUUCUGGAUGAGAUUCGUGCGUUUCCUGGAGUCAGUGAAGGGAGAGAACGCGGACAAAAUUCGCGAUGUAUAUACUAGAGCGUGCACGGUUCACCAUCCUAAAAAGCCGAACCUACACUUGCAAUGGGCUACAUUUGAAGAGAGCCAGGGCAAUUUCGAUAAAGCCGCCAGCAUCUUAGAGAACAUUGACAAUGUUAUUCCUAAUAUGCUUCAAAUCGCGUAUCGCAGAAUAAAUCUCGAACGCAGGCGAGGUGACUUGGACAAAGCUUGCGCUUUGUAUGAAUCAUAUAUUAAUAGCAGUAAAAACAGGACUAUUGCAAAUAAUAUAGUUGUAAAGUACGCUAGAUUUUUAUGUAAAAUUAAGAAUGACACGGACAAAGCAGUCAAAGUUUUAGUCAAGGCGACGGAGAAAGACAAAGACAAUCCGAGAUUGUAUCUGCAGUUAAUCGACCUUGGCCUUCAAAGAAACCCUAUUGAUACUCAAGAGGUCAUCAGUUACAUGGACCUGUUCAUAGAUCGCGAGCAUGCCGAUGCGGAACAGCGCGUUCUUUUCGCACAACGUAAAGUCGAAUUUUUAGAAGACUUCAGUACUGACAUUCGGCAAGUUUUGAAAGCUCACGAGCAAUUCCAAAAAUGCAUAAAGCAAGCUAAAGAAAGAAAGAAGACGAAAGGCGAUGACAGUAAAGCUGAUGCAUCGCCGGCAAAGAAAACCAAAACAGACACUUCUAGCGUGCCUCCGGCUCAAGCACAGUCCUACCAGUACGGCAGUAGUACGGCACCGUAUCAGUCACAGCAACAAUUCCAAAGUGGCCAGUACGGUAGCCAGAGCGGCUACCAGCAAGGCUACCAGCAAUAUCCGCCUCCCUCGGAUCCUAACUAUGCUAACUAUCAGAACUGGCAGUACGGUCAAAGUGGUCCACAGGCUUAUGCCCCAUACAAUCAGUGGGGCUCCUACAACUACUACUAAGGAUUCUCUGUCAAGAUGACUCGCUGUACAGUCUCGCCGGUUUGUGCACGGCGUAUCACUUUUUCACAAAAGAGAGAUUGGGGUUGUCGCGAGAUAAUUGUACAUGUGUGUACGCAAACAAAGGUCAUGAAAGCACGGUUUUCUCGAAUUGAUUUUCUCGGUAUCGAUGACGAUGCCAUACUUCUGUGUAUAUUAGCGUUUUCUCUACAUGGUAUUUAAUAGAUUAAAUGUGUAAAGUUUUUCUUUCGAAAGCUCGGCAUUCGGGGCACAAAUUAUUUUACUAUUUGCUUUUUAGAUGACAAAUGUCGCCUUGUUAAUUGUUUCAGGUUUCACUAUUUUUUAUCGUAAAGCCGAAAGAUCAUGAUGCGUGAAUCGCGAAAUUGAAGAAUUUAAUAAUCUCUGAACUGAGAGAAAGAUAUAAGUAUAUUCGCUUCGAUAAAGAUGACGGUAUUACGCAUGUGACACAGUGCGCGAUACCUAGUUGAGACACUUGAGACAAGCUUAAAAAGUGUAUUACAAGCGCAUUAUUUUAUUUGUCCACGCGUCAUUACGGAUUAAUUUUGCAAAGACGCGUUUGAUUCAUACGGUAAGAAAUAAGCAAAAGUAGAUUUGGAUAUAUUUGAAAAAUGUUUAGAAGAUAACAUCUCAUUUAAUCUAUGACUUCAAGAGCGUAUUUUGAGGACCUAGUUGAAUAAAUGAAUCGUUUCGGAUUAAUUUUCAAUUCGUAUGAAAUUCCUGUAUAGUCUUCGUGUAACUGUAUCAUGAAGUAUAUGAUUAAAUAAACUUUUUUUUAUCUGAAAGUUGCAAA